CGAGAGAGAGCGAGAGAGAGAGAGAGAGAGAGAGAGAGGCUAGUGAUCCCCUGUCCGAAUCCCAUUUCCAAUAUAUAGUUUUACCUACCUGAUCGAGUCGCGUGUGUACGGGCACCAUGCGCGCUUUUCAAUGGCGAUAAAACUAUAUAAUAUUUUCACCUCUUUUGUUAUUUGAAGAAUGUACAGUAUUCGAAUGUUCUUUAGAAUAACAGUAUUUACAGUAAAUAGCUUGUUUUGUUUUUCAACUCAACAAGCUACACAGAGUAGUCAGCUGUAGUUUUUGCAGCGGGUUGUAAGCUAAGUGCGUUCUUGACUGUUGAAUACCGUGGAUCAGCGGGCGGGCACGCAACUCGGGUUGUUUAUAACGUUUGACAUUCCCACCGUAGGCUCCGAGGAAAGUAAGUAGCCUAGGUAGGAAACGGGGAAACCCGGGCAAGGCGGGGCCGAACCGGAGACAGCCAAAGGGAUUAUUGAAGAACUCACGUUGCCUUGAAGCUUCGCCCUGUAGCCGAUCCACUCGCAGAGUCGCAUCGUUUUGGGGUAACAAAUAAUUUUCCACCCAUUGGAAUUUGGGGAAUCUUUAUUCCCAACUACUUGGUGAUUAGUCUACGCUUCAAGUAGCCUAGGCUACGGCGAACAUAACUAGUUUGUAUUUACACCUAUUUAACGUCGGUUGUGGUUAUUUGCUUUGGAAUAUACGUUCCAGGACGGAUUUGGGGGGAAUUAUUUCCCCAGACCCGUUGGACCAUGGCGGACGACGAUGUACUGUUUGAAGAUGUCUACGAGCUGUGUGAGGUCAUUGGAAAGGGUCCAUUCAGUGUGGUACGAAGAUGUAUCAACAGAGACACAGGACAGCAGUUUGCUGUGAAGAUCGUAGACGUGGCCCAGUUUACCUCCAGCCCUGGUCUCAGCACAGAGGAUCUGAAGAGAGAGGCCAGUAUCUGCCACAUGCUGAAGCACCCUCACAUCGUAGAGCUGGUGGAGACAUACAGCUCUGACGGCAUGCUCUACAUGGUCUUCGAGUUUAUGGAUGGUGCAGACUUGUGUUUUGAGAUUGUGAAGAGGGCAGACGCUGGCUUCGUCUACAGUGAGGCGGUGGCCAGUCACUACAUGAGACAGAUCUUAGAGGCACUGCGAUAUUGUCAUGACAACAACGUCAUCCAUCGAGACGUGAAGCCCCAUUGUGUCCUCCUGGCGUCUAAAGAGAACAGUGCUCCAGUGAAGCUGGGAGGGUUUGGCGUCGCCAUCCAACUGGGAGAGUCGGGACUGGUGGCUGGAGGUCGUGUAGGCACGCCCCAUUUCAUGGCCCCAGAGGUGGUGAAGAGGGAACCGUAUGGGAAGCCUGUAGACGUGUGGGGCUGUGGAGUCAUCCUGUUCAUCCUGCUGUCUGGCUGCCUGCCCUUCUACGGUACCAAGGAACGCCUGUUCGAAGCCAUCUGCAGGGGAAAAUACAAGGUACUGAACCCCAGGCAUUGGGGACAUAUCUCAGAGAGUGCUAAGGACCUGGUGAGACGGAUGCUCAUGCUAGAUCCUGCAGAGAGAAUCACUGUCUACGAGGCACUCAACCACCCCUGGCUCAAGGAGAGAGACCGUUAUGCCUAUAAGAUCCACCUGCUAGAGACGGUGGAACAGCUGAGGAAGUUCAACGCCAGGAGAAAGCUCAAGGGAGCCGUACUGGCAGCAGUCUCCAGUCACAAGUUUAACUCCUUUUAUGGAGACCCACCAGAGGAGAUGCCUGACUUCCCUGAAGACCCCACAUCCUCAGGGGCUGUGUCUCAGGUGCUGGACAGCCUGGAGGAGAUACAUGCGUUGACAGACUGCAGUGAGAAAGAUAUAGACUUCCUACACAGUGUCUUUCAAGAUGAGCAUCUACACACACUACUAGACCUUUAUGACAAAAUCAACACAAAGUCAUCUCCCCAGAUCAGAAACCCCCCCAGCAAUACUGUACAGAGGGCCAAGGAGGUACUGGAAGAGAUCUCUUGUUACCCAGACAACCACGACGCCAAGGAGCUCAGACGGAUACUGACCAAGCCGCACUUUAUGGCCUUGCUCCAGACCCAUGACGUGGUGGCCCAUGAGGUGUACAGUGAUGAGGCUUUGAGGGUGACCCCCCCGCCCACCUCACCCUACCUGAACGGAGAAUCUCCCGAGAACACCAACGGAGACAUGGACCUGGAGAACGUGACGAGAGUACGCCUGGUUCAGUUCCAGAAGAACACUGAUGAACCUAUGGGCAUCACGCUGAAGAUGAACAAUCUGAACCACUGUAUCGUAGCCAGGAUAAUGCACGGAGGAAUGAUCCACAGACAAGGAACGCUGCAUGUAGGAGAUGAGAUCAGAGAGAUCAACAGCAUCAGUGUAGCCAACCAGACAGUAGAGCAACUACAGAGGAUGCUGAAAGAGAUGCGAGGCAGCAUCACCUUUAAGAUAGUGCCAAGCUACCGGACACAGGGAUCUUCCUGUGAGAGAGAGUCCCCCUCCAACUCCAGGCAAUCCCCUGCCAAUGGCACUGGCCACUCCAGUGUUAACAGUUUUAUCUUGGAUCUGCCGUCUACCGUCCAACCCAAGAGUCGACAGAUGGUCGUACCCAGACCUCCAAUCAAGGAUAAAAUGUCCGUCAAGAUCUACGUGAGGGCCCAGUUUGAGUAUGACCCCUCCAGAGAUGACCUCAUACCCUGCAAGGAGGCUGGGAUUCCCUUCCGGGUUGGUGACAUCGUCCAGAUCAUCAGUAAAGAUGACCACAACUGGUGGCAGGGCAAGCUGGAGAACACUAAGAACGCCACCGCAGGGCUCAUACCCUCACCAGAACUUCAGGAGUGGCGUGUGGCGUGUAUAGCCAUGGAGAAGACCAAGCAGGAGCAGCAGGCCAGCUGUACCUGGUUUGGCAAGAAAAAGAAACAGUACAAAGACAAGUACCUGGCCAAGCACAACGCAGUAUUCGACCAAUUAGAUCUUGUCACGUAUGAAGAGGUAGUGAAACUGCCUGCGUUCAAGAGGAAAACACUAGUCUUGUUAGGGGCCCAUGGAGUGGGCAGAAGACACAUCAAGAACACACUAAUCACAAAACACCCAGACAGAUUUGCCUACCCAAUCCCACAUACAACCAGACUUCCUAAGAAGGACGAGGAAAACGGGAAGAACUACUACUUUGUGUCACAUGACCAGAUGAUGCAGGACAUCAGUAACAAUGACUACCUGGAGUACGGUAGUCACGAGGACGCCAUGUACGGCACGCGGCUAGAGACCCUCCGCCAAAUCCACGAGAAGGGACUCAUCUCCAUACUGGACGUAGAGCCACAGGCCCUGAAGGUCCUGCGGACAGCGGAGUUCGCUCCUUACGUUGUUUUCAUUGCUGCACCAACCAUUACCCCUGGCAUCAAUGAGGACGAAUCAUUGCAGCAUCUUCAGAAGGAGUCAGAAAUUCUCCAGAAGACCUAUGCCCAUUACUUUGACCAGACCAUAAUCAACAACGAGAUAGAUGAGACCAUCAGACACCUAGAGGAGGCUAUAGACCUGGUCUGUACCAACGCACAGUGGAUCCCUGUGUCCUGGGUCUACUGAGGAAAACACAAACCUCUCCUCUCCUCC